GUCGGUGAUCAGCGGUGCAUCAACAGUUGGUCUGUCGAUCCUACAACAGUGCUGACACACCACGCUAUUCAGCAUCCCCAAACCAAACAAUUGUACGUCGUUGAGGGCAAUCGUGUAAUACGCACAUGGGCGCCGACUCAGGAGAAGCUCACGGAUGGUAAAUCGCAAAAGUUCAAGAUUUCUGUCCAGACGAUAGUAGCAGAUGCUCGACUCAAGGGUGUGGCAGUACUGUUCAAUAAUGGAAAGCUAACACAGACUAACUGUGAUCUGGUCACUCCCAAGGCUCUCUCUGAUGCGCCAAAGAACGUCGAGACCAAGGGCGUACCCCACGCUGCAGCCAUGUACACGCUCAACUCCAAUACCAAGAACGGUCGCAAUGCAGACACGCUCAUGGGACAGGUCACUCUAGGUGCCCUGUACGCAUCUACAAUCGAAUUGGAGAACAGCCGCACGCACCUGCACGCUUGGCAGACAUAUACACUCGAUACCGAGAGUAUGCAUACGACACUGAGUACCCAGUACAGGCUGAGUUUGCCUGCAGCUGUAGUGUCUGCGUGCAUGGAUAAGAACUCGCUUACGUUGUCGGUGGUGUGUGAUGACGGACAGCUGUGUGUGUUCGAUGUGAGCACACUGAGUGAGGAUGGGCCAAACAAUCCACGAUUCUGCAGGACACUGUCAAUGUUCAGAUUCGAGACGAGUAAGGGGCCCAAAUCGGCUGAAUCGCCGGCGAUUGCAAUGUCCAGUGCGGGUGACUCCCUUCUGGCUAUUACGGGCGAAACACCGGAUCAGAAAUACACCAUGACUUUAUGGGAAACAAACUACGGAACACUCCAGGCACAACGAGAGCUCCGAGAGCAUAAGCCUCUGGCGCAGUCUGGUCGCACUUCUAAAGACCACAGAGGCAGAUACCAAAUCACUCAAACACGGGCGUCGAAUAGUACAGUGUUCUUGAGUGUGUGCGGGCGGUACGUGGAUAUCUGUCACGUGUACAACACCGGUAAAGUAUCGCUGCUAUCGGCGAUAGGCCGACUGGAGGGCGUGGAGGUAUCUGAUUUGAUGGCUAUAAAUAGAACAGCACCAUAUAAGUACCUAGACACCAUGCGCGCCGCCACCUAUGACAUCCCCAAUGUGUCGUCUAUAGUAGACAGUUCCAAAGUAGAUAUGAGAAAUAGGAAUAUAGCCGCCGAGUGGGAGAAAGGGAUGAGAAAGCUGUAUCACGCAAAGGCAGACAUUUGGGAAAUGCUGCAAUCUGAUUCGCCGGACGAGUUCAGAAAGGGAGCACAUCUAUAUUUAGAAUCCGUCAAGCCCAAGAGAAGUCGCGAUCCUUAUUCGGCUGUAUCGCCCCGAUUUCUGAAGGCCGUGGGCAAUCGGAUGCUGAACACUGAAAAUACGGAGAAUGCGAAAUUCUUUGACGAAAACAUCCUCUGCGAUCUCGUUGCGCGUGGCGCUGUGAGUACUAGUUCUUACCCCAACAUCAUUGAAAUUGCCGAAAGUCAGCAAUCAUACAAACUCUUGGAGACCUGCUACCUACACAUGAGCGAUAUCGCCGAACCCGUGCUUGUUGCAAGUCUACGACACGUCUUGGACAUGUCGUCUGCCGAUCUAAAAGCACUCGACAAGUACUUGGCCGAGAAACCCCUUAAGAAGGGAAUCAAGCGCACCUCCGUUGCUGUACAGCAUCGCGGAGAACACCCCGGUGUACACCAUAUGCUCAGCACUAUCACAACCGCACGCUUUAAUGAGAAGUUCCUGCGCACUGCACUCGGUGCCUGUAGUUUGACGCAAAUCAUGACUAUACUGCAGUUUCAAUAUCAGAUGCUGGUGCUGUACGGCCAGAUGAGUGAAAAGCGACUCCAUGAAAUCUUCAGGCCUACCCGACUGCCCAGCUUAAACCAGGUUAUCACAUGGAUUGCCGUGAUCUUAGAUGCUGAGAUGGCCAGGUUAGUGCUGUUCCCAGACGCACGUCAAGUACUAGUCAACUGCAAAGAGGCGAUGCUCCGAGAAUUAGCGGUAUGUGAGCAAGCACAGGACCUCCAAGGCUUUAUUUCCACACUUUCCAGCAACGCCAGGACAGCUCUGCCAUCGGUUGCUAAGAGUUCCUUAUAUAGUAUUGAGCCACUCCAAAUAUAGGUUUGACAUGUGACACCCUUCACUAUAAAAAUAAAGUAUUAGCAUUUAGC